CGUUUUUCACCCGAACUUGUUGAAGAGCAAUUGAUGUCCCAACGAGACCUUCCUGUUCCUACACAGAACCCUCCGAGCUUAGGCAGGACUUACGCAGCGCCAUUCGAACUCUUUCCCUUGCUACAUUCUUGUGCUUAGCUUACUGCCACCUCUUCUCUACCAAAGUUGACCUUCAUAUCCCCACGGGGUUCGCAUGACUAGUGUCUGGCUUAACCGAUUUGUCUUAAAGUUUUAGUCCAUAUCUCCCCUCUUUUUCUGGUCCUUUGAAGGAAACUCACUCAAUUGAGUUUUCAAUUGGGUGCUCAAUGUCCUCCCAUACUGCCUCUCAGCGCUACCUCAGCACCCGGGGGGGAUCGUAUGAUCUCUCUUUCGAGGAAGCUGUCCUCAAGGGACUCGCCUCUGAUGGCGGGCUCUUCAUCCCCGAAGAAAUACCCUCCCUUCCCAGCGACUGGGUCUCUAAAUGGCAGCACCUAUCAUUCGGAGAACUUGCAUACGAAAUCUUCUCGCUCUACAUCUCUCCUUUCGAGAUACCCGCUACCGAUCUGAAAGAUAUCAUACGCCGCAGCUACUCGACCUUUCGAACUGAGGAUGUAACGCCGACGGUGACCCUGGACAAGGACAAGAACAUACAUCUGCUAGAGCUCUUCCAUGGGCCAACGUUCGCAUUCAAGGAUGUCGCGCUGCAAUUCUUGGGGAAUCUGUUUGAGUACUUCCUUGUGCGCAGGAAUCAGGGGAAGACUGGAAGGGAUAGGGAGCAUUUGACGGUCAUUGGCGCAACAAGUGGUGAUACUGGUUCCGCUGCUAUCUACGGUCUUCGAGGCAAGAAAGAUGUCUCGGUCUUCAUUAUGCAUCCGCAGGGGAAAGUGAGCCCGAUUCAAGAAGCCCAGAUGACAACCGUCAUGGAUGCGAAUGUGCACAACUUGGCUGUGGAUGGCACCUUCGAUGACUGUCAGGACUUCGUGAAAGCUCUCUUCGCCGACCCCGAAAUCAACAAGACCCACCGCCUCGCUGCCGUGAACUCUAUCAACUGGGCUCGCAUCCUCGCGCAAAUAACGUACUACUUCUACGCCUACUUUAACCUCAUCCGCAAACCCUCCUUCCUUCCCGCUUCUACCAUCCGGUUUGUUGUGCCGACCGGCAACUUCGGCGACAUCCUCGCUGGUUACUUCGCCAAGCGCAUGGGUCUACCCGCAGAAAAGCUCGUCAUUGCCACAAAUGAGAAUGACAUCCUUCACCGAUUCUGGCAAACCGGCAAGUACGAAAAGAAACCAGUUCACGGGAAAGAAGCCGAGGGCGGUAUUCCUCAAGACGGCGUCAAGGUCCAUGAAGACGGCGUGAAGGAAACGCUAAGUCCGGCAAUGGACAUCCUCGUCUCGUCAAAUUUCGAACGACUCCUCUGGUUCCUAGCUUACGAAGUAUACACCACAUCAUCCGAUGCUGUUGCCCAGCGGCGGAGCCAAGCAGGCGAGCAUGUCCGAUUGUGGUUAGAUGCGUUGAAGGCGGAGGGAGGAUUCAACGUUGACCAACAGAUUCUAGCUGCGGCUAAGAAGGACUUUGAGUCAGAGCGGGUGUCCGACAGGCAGACUCUCCAGACCAUCACUGAGAUCUUCAGCUCGCCUUCUUCACAAGGAUACAUCCUAGAUCCACAUUCGGCUAUUGGCAUCACGGGCGCCCUUCGUUCUGCGGAACGAGCCACACCACCUAGCACACAUCACAUUUCGCUAGCAACAGCACACCCCGCCAAGUUCAGCAGCGCGGUUGAUAUGGCACUCAAUGGUCAAAGAGGUUAUUCUUGGGAUGUAGUACUACCAUCAGAGUUUGUCGGGCUUGAAGACAAACCGCGGAGGGUCAGCAAUGUCAAGAAGUCCGAGGGGUGGGAAGGUGUGAGGAGGGUGGUUGUUGCGGAGGUAGAGGCAGAAUUACAGGCUGUAGAGAGAGCCGGAAAAUAACCCAAUUUUUGGACAGAUGAUGGGUGACAGAGGCGUUUGGGAAUGUGGUCUGAGUUAGCUUCCUGCCGUGGAUGGAUGGUUGGAAAAGAAUCCAUGCAUGCAUUGUAUAGAUCUCAUUUAAUGCUUCGUCACG